AUGGUUGGAGAUGGUCUAAGUCUCUCUCGAUCGUCUCUCGAUCUGCUCCUGCGCCACUACAUCCUCCUCUCCACCUCCUCCACGCGGCGCGCCGUGCAGCCAGUCGGCGGGGAGGGCGGUGCCGUGCAGCGAGGCGGGGGGGAGGGCUUGGAGGCGGACGAGCUCAUCGUCGGCCUGCCCGUGUCGGCCGACGGGAGGGAGACGCCGCAGUCCAACAAGGUGCGGAGCGUCGCCGGGAGGCUCGCCGUCCAAGCGGCUGAGAGGGGCUUGAGGGUGUAUCUGCAGGAUGAGCAUGGAACCUCCAUAGAUGCCCUUGAUUACAUGAUCUCCAGGGGUGUUAAGAAGUCUGCCCGUGAUGUCAAAUCUGAUGCAUAUGCUGUUGUGAUGAUUUUGGAGAGAUAUUUCUCAUCUUCCGGGCAACAGACUAAGAUUGUUCUUCCUAGGCAACCAGAAAAGGAGUAUGCCAUCAGCUUUCAAAAUAUUUCUAGGUAUUGUCUUAUUUCUGUGAUGGUUGCUUGUAAUAUUGUAGUGGUUCUGCUCUGUAUGGGUAUUGUCUGAUGUCUCGUAGUGGUUCUAAGACUGCAAUUGAGAGAUGUUUAUAAGUUCUGCUCUAUGUAUGUACUCUGUGAUGGUUGCUUGUAAUA